UCUUCUCAAUCUCUCUUCCCCAUACGCUUCAGACGCACACCCAGACAGUAAAAAAGAAACAAUUUUCCAGGUUGUUGUCGGAAAAACACAGUAAUGGCUUCGUUAUCGGCUACUGCGACGGUGUCGAGGAGAUGGCUUAGUAGUAAUCAUCAGCCGCCAUUCUCGUCGAGCUCUGAACUGGGUUGUUGCUCAGUACCCAUGACUCGUACAAAACACAAGCCUUGUGCUUCAUCUUCCCUCCACUCUCCCUCUAUUCUUCCUUUCCCUAAACACGACACCUCUUCGUCUUCUUCUCCUGUUGUCACUCCGACAACGACGAAGGAAUCCGACAAGGAGCUCAAUCUGUUCCAGAGAGCGGCAGCGGCGGCUUUGGACGCGGCGGAGAGUUUGUUGGUUGGUCACGAGAGGAACCACCCGCUCCCGAAAACCGCCGACCCGCAAGUCCAGAUCGCCGGAAACUUCGCGCCGGUGGAGGAACAGCCCGUCCGGAGGAAUCUUCCGGUGGUCGGAAAAAUCCCCGAUAGUAUCAAGGGAGUGUAUGUACGGAACGGAGCAAACCCUCUUCACGAGCCGGUCGCUGGUCACCACUUCUUUGACGGCGAUGGGAUGGUUCACGCCAUUCGGUUCGAGGACGGUUCGGUUAGCUACGCUUGCCGGUUUACCCAGACGAACCGGUUGGUCCAGGAGCGUGAAUUGGGUCGACCUGUUUUCCCCAAAGCCAUCGGAGAGCUUCACGGUCACACCGGAAUCGCCCGUCUCAUGCUCUUCUAUGCUCGGGCUAUGGUCGGUUUAGUCGACCCGACCCACGGAACCGGCGUGGCUAACGCCGGUUUGGUUUACUUCAAUGGCCGGUUAUUAGCCAUGUCGGAGGACGAUUUGCCGUACCAUGUACGAAUUACUCCGACCGCUGACUUGAAGACUGAUGGUCGGUACGAUUUCAAUGGUCAACUCAAAUCCACCAUGAUCGCUCACCCCAAGGUCGACCCAGAAUCCGGCGAGCUCUUCGCGUUGAGUUACGACGUUGUUUCAAAGCCUUACCUGAAGUACUUCAGAUUCUCGCCGGACGGGACGAAAUCGCCGGACGUCGAGGUCAAUCUCGAUCAACCCACGAUGAUGCACGAUUUCGCCAUUACAGAGAAUUUCGUCGUGAUCCCCGACCAACAGGUCGUUUUCAAGUUGCCGGAGAUGAUCCGAGGUGGAUCUCCGGUGGUUUACGACAAGAACAAGGUCUCGAGAUUUGGGAUUCUCGACAAAUAUGCAAGAGAUUCUUCAGGAAUAAGAUGGAUUGAUGCGCCUGACUGCUUCUGUUUCCAUCUCUGGAACGCUUGGGAAGAGCCGGAGACGGAGGAGGUCGUCGUGAUCGGAUCGUGCAUGACUCCACCGGACUCCAUUUUCAACGAGUCCGACGAAAAUCUCAAGAGUGUCUUGUCUGAAAUCCGGCUGAAUCUGAAAACCGGUGAAUCCACACGCCGACCAAUCAUCUCCGACAGCGAGCAGGUCAACCUCGAAGCAGGGAUGGUUAACAGGAACAUGCUCGGUCGGAAAACGAGGUUCGCUUACCUCGCCCUCGCAGAGCCAUGGCCGAAAGUCUCUGGCUUCGCCAAGGUCGACGGGGGAGCCUCUGUUUCUGCCGUGUGACGCUUCGCCUGAGAAUCAAGAAGACGACGGCUACAUCCUCUGUUUCGUGCACGACGAGAAGACAUGGAAAUCGGAGUUGCAAAUAGUCAACGCCAUGACUUUGGAGCUCGAAGCAACGGUCAAACUUCCAUCGAGGGUCCCGUACGGAUUCCAUGGGACCUUCAUCGGCGCCGGUGACUUGGCGAAGCAGGAGUGAUUUCCGACGCAUACGGAGUAUGUGGCGCGUAUGUUUAUGUGUAUAUACGUACAUCUAUAUACGUAUAUAAAGGUUUCUAGAAGGAGGGUAGUGGAUUUACCUGUGGGAUGCUCUGCAUAUACGUCCCCGGAAUCUGCUCCUCUGUUUUUCCUUUCUUUUUGAGGUUCCGUUCCCCUGUUUUUGGGUUUUGGGGUUUCUUUUGUUAGUUUUCGUUUUUUCGGGGUCAAUGUAUAAAUGUGGAAGAUGUUGAGGGACCAGCUUGCAGCUUAGUAGGGUAGCGUUUGGAGCUCAGCUGGUUUCUGUUUAUUCUUUCACUCGUUAAUGUUGGUUUAUCUUAAAAAUGCAAGUAUAUAGAAAAUUAAA